UCGGUCUUUCUAUUUUCAAAGUUAUAGAGGUGUGGAGUUCUCAUUCGAGCUAAGGCUAGAAUCCGAUUCCAUCGCGACUUCGAGCAACCCACAUCCUUAUAAACGUCAAUAAGAGUGAAAAACUUUAAAUUAUUGGAACAAUGGCCCAAACAUCAGAACUUGCAUGUGUAUACAGUGCUUUGAUCCUCCAUGAUGAUGAUGUCCCUAUUACGGCUGAAAAAAUCCAGAAGUUGAUUAAGGCAGCAAAAGUUAAUGUAGAGCCUUUCUGGCCAGGACUUUUUGCCAAGGCUUUAGAGGGAAGAAACAUUGGUGACUUGAUCUGCAAUGUUGGCAGUGCCCCAGCUGCUGGAGGAGCCCCUGCUGCAGCAGCAGGAGGAGCCGCAGCAGAUUCCAAAGAGGAGAAGAAGGAAGAAAAGAAAGAAGAAUCAGAAGAAGAAUCUGAUGAUGACAUGGGCUUCGGUCUAUUUGACUAGAUGAACUCUGGUGUCAAAUGAUGUCAUUGUCAUGGUUCAUGUAUACUGAUUUAUAUGUGGAUGAAAAUAUAACUGCAACACAA